AUGGGUGGUGUUGCACAGAGCACAUUCACAACCAUUUUAAGUGUGGAAUUCAUAAUGGGAUUUUUAGGAAAUGGAUUCAUAGCACUGGUGAACUGCAUGGACUGGGUCAAGAGAAGAAAGAUGUCUUCAGUUGAUCGAAUCCUCACUGCUUUGGCAAUUUCUAGAAUUGGUUUUAUCUGGGUAGUCUUACUAGAUUGGUGGGUCUCUGUACUUUUCCCAACUUUAUGGAUGACUGGAAAAAUGAUGAGAAUUAUUUAUAUUUCCUGGACAGUGACUAAUCAUUUUUGUCACUGGCUUGCUACAAGCCUCAGCAUCUUUUAUUUUCUUAAGAUAGCCAAUUUUUCUAACUCUAUUUUUUUCUAUCUUAAAUUUAGAGUUCAAAAGGUGGUUUUGGUGACUAUGAUGGUGUCUCUGGUUGUCUUGUUUUGGAAUAUUGUAGCAAUAAACACAUAUAUGGAUAUGCGUAUGGAUGGAUGUAAAAGAAAUACGUCUUACAGUAACAGUUCAAGUAACUAUGCACAACUUUCCAAAUUGUUUUCCUUCACCAACCCUAUGUUCAUGUUCAUACCAUUUUCUGUGUCUGGAACAACUUUUCUCCUGCUAAUCUUCUCCCUGUUGAGACAUUUGAAGAAGAUGCAGCACAAUGCCAAUGGAUCCAGAGAUGCCAGCUCCCUGGCGCACAUAAAAGCCUUGCAGACUGUGACUGCCUCUCUCUUACUGUAUACCAUUUUCUUUCUGUCACUGUUUAUAAAGGUUUGGAGCUCUGAGGUUCAGCAGAGAUACCUGAUCCAUUUGUUUGUCAGGAAUGUUGGAGUUGCUUUUCCUUCAGGCCACUCAUUUGUCCUGAUUCUGGGAACCAGUAAGCUGAGACGGGCUUCUGUUUUGGUGCUGUGGUGGCUGAGGUGUAGGUGCAAAAGUGUGUAA